AAAGUCUUCAAAAUUUCUACCGUGAACGUAUCAAGUUUGGUUUAAUUUAUUGUGUAUCACAAGUUAGGAGAUAUUUUUAUGAAAAACUUUCUCACAUGGCUUCCUUUUUUGAUUUGGUUUCUCUGCUUGUCGGUCCCAACGAGAAUGCAUGUAAUGAUACGGAGAUAUUAUUUCGAGAUAAAGAAAAAGAAUUUCUGUUAAAUUUCAUGGGCUCCGAUGACUGUUUACCUUAUCCGAGUUUGUUUAUUUAUGGCCAUACUUCAACAGGGAAAACAAUGCUAGUUACUCGAAUCAUGCAAGGUUUCAAUUUGUCCCAUGUAUGGAUAAACUGUCAUGUUGCGUGCAGUUCACAAUUGGUGUUAAAAGCGAUAGUUCGAGAACUUUCUGAUGGUGAUUCAAAAAUAAAAGCUCUGACGUUCUGUGACUUAGUGCAAUUUUUGAAAAGAACCCUCAAAGAUAGAUCUGAAACUACAUAUUUCAUUUUUGAUGAUGUUGAUGUUUUAAGGAAGGAAGAUGCUUUCCUUCUAACAUCUUUAUUGAAACUCCAAGAUUUGACAGGAGUCAAUGUUUGUUCUAUCUUUAUAUCUCAGUUACCCUGGGAAAAAUUUAGAAAUCAGAUUAUAUCAUUUCAUCCUAUUUGCCUUUACUUCCCAAAUUAUACCAAAGAACAAAUAUGUGAAAUAUUGAGUCAAGAUUGCCCUCCUGACUAUCAAAAGAAUUUCUACAAUGGAUACAUCAGUGUCAUAAUGAAAACUUUCUAUACGGUUACUAGGAAUCUUAGCGAAUUGCGGCAUCUAGCUCAAACAUACUUUGGAAAAUAUUGUGAGCCCAUAUCCCAAGAUCCUGACUAUGAAAUUAGUAGUCUAAAGUUAUGGAAAAAUAUUGAACCAACUCUUAGAGAAGCAAUGCAUUCUGUGUAUCUUAGAGAGAUUUCUGGUACUACUUCUAACUGCAAAUCUUCGAGUGUAAAGCAAGUAACGACUAUAGGAACCGAAAAAGCAUCUUCCACGAUGUAUUGUGUCACCAGGCAACUACCAUUUUAUUCUAAAUUUUUGCUCAUAGCCUCAUAUUUUGCAUCUUAUAAUCCACCUAAAACAGAUCUAAAACAUUUUGUGAGAAACCAGGGAAAACAAAGAAAGAAGAAAGUUUCGAGGAAAAUUGUAAAAAGUCGUCAUUUAUUAGGACCAAACUCUUUUACGUUAGAUAGGAUGUUGUCGAUAUUUUUUUCAAUAGUAGGAGAAAGAGUUUUGCCUUCUGCUUUACUGUAUUCUCAGAUAUCGUCUUUGGUCAGUAUGCGCUUGUUGUGUCGUGUGUCAACUGACGAGCAUUUAGAUUGUCCGAAGUAUAAAUGUCUUGCGGAGUUGGAUCUUGUAACUAAAAUUGCAAAAACUGUCAGCAUAGAUGUUAUGGGUUAUCUUGAUGAUUUCUUAUGAGAAAAAUAAA